AUGUUUAACAACGAAUAUUCCAAAAAGUUAAAAGAUGAGAUCCAUAAUGUUAAAUAUGACGAAGUUGGUCAAGAUGAAUUACUAAUAAAACCAACAAAACUAAGAACAUAUGGAAUUGGUACAUGUAUUGCUUUAAUAUUCUUCUUAAAAAUACAAGAUAUAGAUUACGUGGCACUUUAUCACAAUAGUUUAGCUGAAAUAAAAUCAUUGGAUUUUGUAGAAUUAAUUCAAUUUAAAUUCAAUCAAUUCUUUCGCCACACAAAACCUGAUAAUUAUUGUAUAGAAGACAUUAAAAUCAAAGCAGUAAUUAUCAUAGGAGCGGCAUAUCAUGAAGAUAGUUAUAACACAUUUAUUGAAAGCUUUAAGGUAUUUCGCAAUGCACAUCAAAAAAAUGUAACAUACCCAAAUCAUAUUAUAACACAACUGGCAAUGUUACCGAGAAAAACAAUACUUAUAUGUGCACCAAUGAACAUUACAGAAGGGAAUUAUGACACUACUCAUACAUAUUGGUCGUCGGUGAGCCUUUUGGCUGACCCUAAAACGAAUACAGUGGAAUUCACCUGCGACCUUGCAAAAUCCGAGGUAUUCCUUUAG